AAGUACGACAGCAGCAGGAGCAGAGUCCCAACCUCACGUGUCAAUUAUUAAUGAUACAUAGACUGCGCUUCAUGCUUAAGCCUGUUCUGAACCCGCUUUUUCAAUACAACAAGAAAUACACUGCUCUCCAGCAGCCUGUCUGUCUUCCCUGGAUCCUGCUGACCUGUACUGCCCUGUACAGUUACUCUGUAUUGAACAACAUGUGACCUGCACAUCUCCCUGGACUUUCUUACUCUAUUUCAGAAGAACGGACUACAAACAUUUUUAGUUUUUCUUUUGUUUUAUUUUUUCUAGUUUUGCUGUCUUGGCUCUGUACAAAACUGCCUGAGCAAAGAACAACCAGUGUUUCUUUGUUUGAGGGACAAACACAGUGCACAGCACAGCAGGGUUGCUGUUUAUCAGGAAAGCGUCUCUUGGAUAAGCACUGAAGCUGAAGGGAACAGUGAUGCUGCCUCUGGGCUGAGUGACAGAAACACCACCAUCAAACAGACGCACGAGCACUCGACUGCGUGACACAACCCCUGCGCUUGAUUUUAUGAGCCAGUCCCGGAGGUGGGGGGGGGGGCAAAUACAGCUCAGGCUAACGAGCUAUCGGAUAAAUCACACCACCCUUUUCCUUCAAACAGAGCAGUAACCUUUUUAUCUUCGCACUUGUCGCAUCCAUAUCCCUACCUCCCUUCUUCCCUCCCUCCCGGUUUCAUUUUUAACACAGUAAAUUAUGUGACUAUUUAUUAAGCCUGUAACAUCUUGUCUCCUUGUCUUUCUCUGUGCACCCUCACUAACUAAUACAGUGCAGAUCUCAACAGGAUCCUUCCUUUUCUUUUUUGGGAAGUUUUUAUUUAAUUGACACACAAGAAAACUCUAAGACCUCAAGGUCCCUCCCUUUCUAACUAACCCUAUCUUUACUAAACCCGACCCUCAUGGGACCCCAGACUGCAGUGACAUACAAACAGCACCGGCAGUGCCCUGCUCCACACCCUGCUUAGUUUCACAGACCUUUACUAAAUAUAUAAAUAUUAUUCAUAACAGUACAUUAUUAGUAUUAUUAUUAUUGUUUUAUCUUGAGAGGAUGAUCCCCUUUGUCAUUUCCUGGAAGAGGAUCCAUCUUUCUUAGAUCAGACACACAGACAGAGUUAGAGAGGGAGAGACAGAGUGAGAGAGACUGGUGUUUGUUUGCCAGCGGGAAGACGGGACGAUGUCUUGGAAGCGGAACUACUUUGCGUCGGGGAGCAGCGUGCUGGAAAUGUUGACUCCGCGCACCAUGACCUCCAUCGCUCCCAGCAAGGGGCUCAUCAAUGAGCCUGGCCAGAACAGCUGCUUUCUGAACAGCGCCUUGCAGGUUCUCUGGCACCUGGAUAUUUUCCGCAGGAGUUUUCGGCAGUUGACCACUCACAAGUGCAUGGAGGACUCCUGUAUAUUCUGUGCGCUCAAGAGCAUCUUUGCACAGUUCCAGUUCAGCAGUGAGAAGGUGCUGCCCUCCGAUGCUCUGCGCAGCGCCCUGGCCAAGACCUUCCAGGACGAGCAGCGCUUCCAGCUCGGCAUCAUGGACGAUGCCGCUGAGUGCUUCGAGAACAUCCUGAUGCGCAUUCACUUCCACAUCUCAGACGAGACCAAGGAGGAUAUCUGCACAGCCAAGCACUGCAUCCCUCACCAGAAAUUCGCCAUGACCCUCUUUGAGCAGUGCGUGUGUAACAGCUGUGGGGCCACGUCGGACCCCCUGCCCUUCAUUCAGAUGGUGCACUACAUCUCCACGACCUCGCUGUGUAACCAGGCAGUCCAGAUGCUGGAGGGCAGAGAGAAGCUGACUCCGGACAUGUACGGAGAGCUCCUCCGCAACGCCAGCACCAUGGGGGACCUGCGCAACUGCCCGAGUAACUGCGGAGAGAAGCUGCGUAUUCGUCGCGUCCUCAUGAACUCCCCUGAGAUCAUCACCAUCGGCCUGGUUUGGGACUCUGACCACUCCGACCUGGCAGAGGACGUCAUCCACAGCCUGGGCACCUGCCUGCGCCUCGGAGACCUGUUCUACCGGGUGACGGAUGACAAGGCGAAGCAGUCAGAGCUCUACCUGGUGGGCAUGGUGUGUUACUACGGCAAGCACUACUCCACCUUCUUCUUCCAAACCAAGUUACGUCGCUGGAUGUACUUUGACGACGCGCACGUCAAUGAGAUCGGCCCCAAGUGGAAGGACGUGGUGUCUCGCUGUAUCAAGGGCCACUACCAGCCCCUGCUGCUGCUCUACGCUGACCCCAGAGGCACGCCAGUUUCAGUGCAGGACCUGCCCUCUCAGAUAGACCUGCAUCACUACAAUAAGGCCUACUACGACAGCGAGGACUCGGGCCGGGAGCCCUCCAUCUCCAGUGACACUCGCACAGACUCCUCCACUGAGAGCUACAGCUUCAAGCACUCCCACCACGAGUCCAUGGCCAGCCACUUCUCCUCCGACUCCCAGGGCACUGUCAUCUGCAACCCAGAGAACGACACAGCGUCUCAGAGCAGCGUGGACACGGGGCAAUUGACGGACAGUGAAUUGACUCGGCGCUACCCACCCAGGAAGGGUGGGACUAUGGACAGGAAGCGCAGCUUGAGCCGGCCGCGACGAUCUGAGGAGCGCAGUCGCGCAGCGAGGGGGGACGAGGCAUCAUCAGCGGGGUACCACAGCGAGGGCGAGACCCUGAAGGAGCAGCAGGUGCCCCGCACUGCCCCCAAGCCCUCAGUCAGUCGGCUGAAGGAGUUCAAGGAGACCAUGAGCAACAUCAUCCACAACCGCACGCUCCCCAGCCCCGCUGCCUCCAGCACGGGGGGUGUGGCUGACUGGGAGGUGGAGAGCACCAGCAGCGAAUCAAAAUCCAGCUCCUCCGGGGGGCGGUACCGGCCUCCUUGGCGCCCACGCAGAGAGGCUCUCAAUAUCGACAGCCUCUUCAGCAGAGAGAAGUGCCGGCAGGCAGGCUACAACCAGCUGGGAGCUUCCAUGGCCCUGCACAAGGAGAGCGCAGAGGAGCCCUCCGGAGCGGGUCCAGCGCCACCAACCCCGCUCGACACAGCCAAGCCCCCCCCUCCCCAAAUCAGAGCCCUGGACAGGGGGGCGAGGUUCAUUCAGAGGAUGGAGAGCGGAUAUGAGAGCAGCGAGAGAAACAGCAGCAGCCCUGUGAGUCUGGACCUGCCCCUGAGCGAGGGGUUGACUGCCAGCUCAUCCAGGGAUGCUAGUUCUAAGAAGCAGCUGAGCUCCGGCCCAUCCUGGAGGAGUGUCCCCAAAUCCAAGAGCAGCAGCACCCUUCUGCAGGGGCUCAGGAGCCAGCCCUGGGAGGCCAGCCUGGGGGAGGGGCGCAGUGAGCUGGACGAGCUGCAGGAGGAGGUGGCUCGCAGGGCCCGGGAGCAGGAGCUGCAGAGGAAGAAGGAGAAGGAGAGGGAGGCGGCCAUGGCCUUCAACCCCAGACCCAGCAAGUACAUGGACCUGGAUGAGCUGCAGAACCAGGGGAAGAGUGACCGCUUUGAGAGGUCUCUGCAGGAGGCAGACUCGCUGUUAGAGCAGUCUCUGCGGCUAGAGCAGGGGGAGGACGUGGCUGCAGCGCUGUCUGUCUGUAACGAAGCUGUGUCUAAACUAAGACUUGCCGUGCAUGAGGGCAGUGCUAACACUCAUAACAGGACAAUGGCUGAUAAGAAGCUGCAAAAGUGCAUGAGGAGAGCUCGAAGCCUACAGCAGCGCAUGCAGCCGCCAGAGCAGUCACGGCCACAAGAGGGCACUGUGGCACAGUCUGAAAGUGAACCGCCUAUCCCGUUCCAAGUACUGCUGACAUCAUGCCGGGAAGAGGUUCAGGACUCCAGUCAGGAAGCAGACUCCUCCUUCCCUUUCCCCGUCCUCUCGAACCUCCCUCACCCAUCCUCCUACCCCACCCAGCCUGCUUCCAGGGGCAGCUGCGAGCAUCUGCUGCCUCCCACCAGCCCUGGGCACUGGGAGAGGCAGAGAGCUUGUGGGGGAGACUCUAUGAACCGCUGGGACAGCGCAGAGCUCUCCAGCGUCGCCCAGCUACCCGGCACUCAGGCACAGCCCAUUCACAAACACACUGCUCUGUCCCUACCUAGCCUGUCCCUGGAGAGCAGGGUGAGGCAGGGCAGUGAGUGGGAGGAGGAAGAGGAGCAGGAGCUGCCUCUGCCCCCCUCUCCCCCUCACCAGGGCUCCAUCCGCUACGACUUACCUCACACCCUCACAGUCCCCUACUCCACCUCCCAUUCCACAGGGCCCACAGCCGAGCACAGGAGCCCCUUACCUGUGGAAGAGAGAGGGCAUGCACCCCAGGGGUACCCUAGCUGGGCGGUAUGCUCCCCUCACUCCCCCCGCACCCCACACUCCCCCAGGUCUCCAGUGAUGCAGCAGACACCCAAAGACCCAGACCCUCUCCCCAUCUCUAGUCCCAGACUGGCUCCCUUCCCCUCUCCUCCUCCUCCCCCCCCCCUACCCACAGGAACUGGUCCUCCCGUACCCUGGACAGGCCAGAUGGGGCAGACACGCCCUUCUACACCCCACCAGGGCAACCCAAUUCCAUCCCUAGCAAGCCCUCCCCUCGGCACCCCCCCUGCCCUGCCAUGCCGGUGGAGCGAUGGGCGGAGAAUGUUACACGCUACUACAGCUCCCAGAGGGACCGCCCACCCUCCCCCGCCGACGAGGAGCUCUCAGAGCUGGAGUGUCUGUACCAGGCGAGUCUGCAGGCUCACAGCAGCUCCAAGACUCUGCGGGGCCCCGGUCAGCAGGCCUGUACUAAGCCAGUUUCAGUUUCUGCGGCGACGGCCACGACACGGAAGUUGUCGACCUUACCGGUCCGAUCGAAGACCCCCACUGCGGAGAUUGAGAGGAAUGCGUAUAGCAGCCCCCCCACGUACACUGCCACGCCGGUGUCUCUCCAGUCUCGCAAGUUGCCGCAGUGCAAUGAUGAAUCCUACAGCGCUGACAACCUGCGCCGCAUCGCCCGCAGCCUGAGCGGGACUGUGAUUGGGGGCCGUCCCGAGCCCAUCACUACCUCCCGCAGCUUUGAACCCCAGGUCGCCUGGACCCAGCAUGCCGACCCCAGAAUCACGCGUCACGCUAACACCUCUCCCCGCAUCACUUCCUCCCUCAAUCCU